AGACGUCAACACGCCUGGGGAAUCGUAGGGAAGAGGAAGCCAGCCGGCUCUCUGUCUGCCUGCUCUAACUUCCUGCUCAGAAAAAGAAAAAGAAGCCAGGAUCCUAUUUCAGUCCAGCAGAGCCGUGUAGCCUAGCUAGACGGCAAUCAGUCAGCAUGGAAAAACAAGGGGUCAUACAAAUUUAAUCAUAAACGUUUUCAAGGAGUGGAAGGAAAGGCAAACAAAAGAUCACAGGUAUGGACAGUGCCAUCACGUUGUGGCAGUUCCUGUUGCAGRUGCUGUUGGACCAGAGUCACAAGCAUCUGAUCUGCUGGACGUCCACUGACGGGGAGUUUAAACUGCUCAAGUCUGAGGAGGUGGCCAAGCUAUGGGGGCUCCGCAAGAACAAGACUAAUAUGAACUACGACAAGCUGAGCAGAGCCCUGAGAUACUACUAUGACAAGAACAUUAUCAAGAAGGUGAUCGGACAGAAGUUUGUCUACAAGUUUGUCUCGUUCCCGGAAAUCUUAAAGAUGGACCCAGCAGCAGUAGAGAUGGGCUUGGCUUCCGGCCGGGUGACGCUCCACGAGGACCAGGACAUCCAGGACCUGGAUGUAGAGGAGGAAGAGGAGGAGGAGGCGCAGCAGCAGAGGAGGGCCCUGGGGGCAGCGUUGGGGGCGGCUGCGGCGGCCCAGCAGGCUGCGUGUCAUAACAAGUACUUCGGCUCUGGCCUCUACUCCUCCUUCAGCAUCAACGCCCUCCAUUCUCCUCCAGAGGAGCUGCUCCGGGCCCUGAGGGAGAGACAYCAGGACGAGGCCCGCUCUGGAGUCAUCCGAUUUGGGACGGGUACCACCGAGAGGACUCCACCCUCACCGUCCCUCAUCAAGCCAGAGCCUUCAUCACAAUCCUUCAGCACCCACAGGCCAUCCAAACCCUCCGCUCUCCACCAUUACACCCACCACCAACACCAGCGCCACUCCCCGCCCCCCUCCUCCCCCCACAGCCCUAACCCCCAGCCAGGGCUAGGCCGAGGAGGCUGGAGCCCAGAGGCUGAAGAGGAGGAGGGGGAGGACUCUGACCAGGGAGCCCAGCCUCUGAAUCURUCUUCUGGGCAUAGAGAGAGAGAGCAGGCCCUGCAGCCUCCGGAGAAGAGGACCAGUGGUGGUAGUAGGGUUAGUGGUAGUAGUCAUGGAGACAGUUGUSAUGGACUCCCACCCAAAACCAAUAAGCCCAAAGCCCUAGAGAUCUCCGCCCCCUCCCUGCUCUUGACAGGAAGUGAUAUCGGCUCGAUAGCCCUCAAUAGCCCCGCCCUACCGUCCGGAUCCCURACCCACGCCUUCUUCACUGCACAGUUCCCCAGCCUAAUGAAUGGACACCUCCCCCUGCCAAACUUGGACGGGUCCCCCUCACCCCUGCUCCUGUCCCCUGCCAAUCACAAGUCAUGAUUCAGGCUCUCAAAACCCAAUCCAGCCCAUUGGACCAACUGCCACCUGCAUCAGCAACUCUUCAUUAUGAAUUCCCAUCAGCCUUCACUUGAUUUUCUUCCAAAUUUGCUUAUGUAUUUGGAGUCUCAACCCCCCAC